UUAUUUUUUUGGUAUUUUCUCCCCCUUCUGAGGAGGGCGAGUAAGAGAAUGGCAUGGUGGUGCUUAGCUACCUACCAGUGUUAAACCACCACACACAAAUAGAAAACAUAGCUUCUUGUGAACUAUGAAGAUGAAAAUUAACUCUAUCCCAGCCAAAACCAGUACACCCCUCUGUCACGUCAGUUUAUCCCCUCCAGUCCCCUUGGCAGUGUUCACCCAGGGUAAUUCUGCAAGAUUGUCCUACCAGACCCAUACACUCCAAUGCCCUACGGGCUGUCCUGCAACAAACCAGGGCACGCAGCCUCAGCCUCAGCAUCACUUAGUUAGAGCCCUUAUUUCAGGUGUUCUGAGGGUAACAAAAUGAAACAAAACACACAAAUAUGCACACACACAUUUGUUACUGGGUAUGCGUGAACUAGGACUGCUCAAGACAGCACCAUGAGCCCUGAAGGACAUCCGCCUGAACAGUUUUUCAGGGUUAAUGUGAUUUAAUAUGAUCCAUCUGAACUGGGGGGACUGCCUCUUCAAUGAAAAUGUCUAUCCAGAGAGGCAUUAACAUUCCUAGUCCUCAGCUAGCUCUGUCCUAAACCAGGAAGAUGAACUGGACCCUGGAAUUCCCCGUGAGUGUGCACUUUUGUGCUAGUUAAAAAAACAAGACAUUCACCCUGCAAAGUCCCUUGGACAAAGUGAUCGGAAUCUGCCCAUUGCUGUUGUAUCUCUGAAGGAUGGGUGCAAAUGUUUGUGAAGAGGGGAAUUAUUUUAUCAUUUCCUUUGGAAUUUCUCAGACAGUCUAUCAAGUAUUCUUGUCCCAUUGUGAAAUGUGUCCUCUUCACGAAACAGAGAAAAAAAAUAAUAUAAUCACUUCUGCCCCACUCCUGAACAUUACUUGUGGGGCUUCCUUCCCUGAGAGGUUUCAAGCAUUAAUUGUUUAGGCUUUUUUGCCAUGACUAAUCUAAUUCCCACAGGAAUCUGCAGCCAGGACUUACGCAGACCGUAGAAAACAUUGCUCCAUUCUCACGGGAUGGAGUACAGCUUGUCAGACCCGAAGGAGAGCCACAGUUAUAUCGGCAAUGAGAGUGUGAGCCCCUUUUUAUUCUGAUACUCCAAGCCCCGUCACCCUGCACCUGCAUUUGCUCCUCUGUGUUUCUCAUGCUGGGUGCUGUGCAAUAAGUAACUCAGCUAAAGAGUGAGUUCUGCUGCUGUUACAACAUAAACUAGGAACGCGGGAUCGUCUUUUCCUCUCUCUCUCAGUCUGUCUCUGUAUUUUGCCUCUCGGUUUCCAGAACUGAACCUCUCGUCGGGAAUUCAGGCACAACAGCUUUCAGGAAGGCACCCAAACUAAAUACAUAGGAUCUCCUUCGUGAUGAAGGCAAUCAUGAAGCAACCAAUGUCUAAGCAAGGGCAUUUCCCUUGCAAAUGCAAUGUUUUGCCACUUUGAGCAUGCAUAACUGAAAAUACAGCUGUAGAAAAUGUAGGGUGAAAAUAACUAGUCAUAUGCUGAUGUUUGAAGGUAAUUUUGACUGACGGUAACAGAGACACUGAAGCAGCUUGGCAGCAAGGACUUGUCUGCUCAGUCCUUUUUAAGUGAAAAGCUGUAACAAGUAUCGGUGACUGCUAAAUGGGGAGGAAUGGAGACGUGACUGUUAAGAAAAGAUCUUUAUUUAAAAUCACUCAAUUGAAUUUUCAAAGAGCUGACAGAGGACAUGUGGGGAACAAUGGGGAAUACCACAACUGUGACAGAGUUCAUCCUGGUUGGAUUUCCUAACAGCCUUGAGGUAGAGAUUGUCUUCUUCGUGGUGUUCCUGUUUGUUUAUUUAGUCACUGUCCUGGCAAAUACUCUUAUCAUUGUACUUGUAUAUGUAGACUGCAAUCUCCAUUCUCCCAUGUACUACUUCCUCAGUAAUUUCUCCUUCAUUGAGAUCUCCACAACCUCCACUGUGGUGCCGAAAAUGCUGGCAAAUGUUCUAUCAGAGAAGAAAACCAUCUCCUUUGCGGGCUGCUUUAGCCAGCUCUACUUUUACUUCUUCCUUGUUGCAGCAGAGUUCAUCCUCUUUGCCAUCAUGUCCUAUGACCGGUAUGUGGCAAUAUGCCACCCCCUGAGGUAUCCCACCAUCAUGACAGGAAGGGUGUGCAACCAGCUUGUCCUCUCUGCGUGGGUGGGUGGCUUGGUCAUGAUCCUGCCAUCAGCGGUCCUCAGAGCCAGGCUGCCCUACUGUGGUCCCAAUGUCAUUGACCACUACUUCUGUGACAGCGCGCCUCUCCUGCACCUCGCUUGUACAGAUGUUUUGUUUGUUGAGCUGAAUGAUUUGGUGGUGUCUUUGGUCCUGCUCCUUGGUUCCCUGGCACUGACUGCAGCAUCCUAUGUCUGGAUCAUUUCAACCAUACUCUGGAUCCCAUCUAACCAGGGCAGACAGAAAGCAUCUGCCACUUGUGCUUCACAUUUCAUUGUGGUUUCCCUGGGCUUUGGCAUCUCCAUCUUCAUCUAUCUCAGGCCACCCCAGAUGAACUCUGUGCACCUUAACAAAAUCCUCUCCGUUCUCUCCAGCAUUGUCACACCCCUUUUAAACCCUUUCAUAUUCAGUCUAAGGAACGAGCAGAUGAAGGAAGCCUUGAAACGUACUUUGUGCAAGCUCCUGGGGAUGACUAAGCAGGCGGGAAAACCGUGAGUAUUCACCUGGCCAGCAGGAAGUCACUCCUGGAAAAAUCUCCCCAGGACAUUUUUGUUCAAGUCUCUUCGUUUUUUCUGACAGACUGUUGGAGAGCAUAUCUUGCUUUUACUUUCUUAAAUGCAGGAUUGGAGUGGGGAAAAAAAAUAAGGCAACUUUAUUCUACUGGAUACUAACACCUCCAUCAAUAUGAUGCUUAGCCUUUGGAGUGAAUGUUGUGCCUGAUGCAGAGCAGAUGGGGGACUCUCAAGAAGUAAAUGGAGAAAAAGAAGAAAGUGUUAAAGAGACAAGGAAAAGAGCUGGAGAAACUGAAUAUCCUACUGGAAGAACUCUGAGCUGUGAAAACAACAUCACUAACACAGCCUGCCUUGCUACACAAACUAAUCCUGAGAUGAAAAACAGACAGGAGCUCUGAAAGCAUAGCUGCCAAGAAGAGAAAAAUAACUCCAUUAAUAAAUAAAAAGACUCAACUCCAAAGAUACAGUGGUUUCAAGUACCAAAAUUACUGCAGAAGUAAUCAGAACUAGAAAUGCUCAGCGAGGUGGUAAAGAUAUUACAUUAAAAAAUAAUAAUAAUGAAAUAAAAGGAAUGGUUCAAUCUUAAGUAAUUUGUGACUAACUUAAAGCAAUCUUAAGUGAU